GGAGUUCAGGUAUCUCAGGGUCUGGUUGUUGUGGACGGUCCAGUCCGUCUACGGUCAUGAACCAAAACACUGAGAUCGUGGCUCCAAAUGAGCUUCAAAAGAAAACAUUAAAAUAACGUUCACUAAGAGGAUAGAGCUCCAUAUGCAGGGCCGGACUGACCAACUCUGGGGCCUCAGAGGGGCUGAAAGGAGCCAAGUGGCCCCACAAUCUCCCCCCACAAAACUGCAGUUCCUCUUUUCCGCCACUUGAGGCUGGCUCCAGAAGUGUUUGAUGUCACUCUUGCUUGGUUUUAUUUUGAAAAUCUGCCAGAUUCUUUAUGCCGUUUCAGUGCCUAGACUUCCUGUCAGCUUGAGCUGCUCACGUGCAGACCGCCGUGCUUCUGUUGGCUCCAAUCAUCUCGAGGUCUUGUGACGGUAAAUGGUUGCGUAAGUUGGUGCGGCGUCUGCAGUACUGUGGACAUUGGACCAGUACCAGUUAUUGUUCAGAUGGAGCUGAGCCUGACGGCAAAGCUCUCGAUGUUCCAGUCCAUCUACAUUCCAACCCUCACCUACGGUAAUGAGCGCUGGGUAAUGAAUGAAUGAUUGUGGCUUCAAAGGAGCUUUCACCACUGAGAUUGGCAAAGAGCUUGGAGUGGAGCCAGCUGAGGUGGUUCAACAUUCCUUUGGGGAUGUUCAGGCCACGUCCAACUGGUUUACCCCCGGGGCAGACCCAGAACCUGCUGAAGGGAUUAUGUAACCUAUCUAGCCUGAAAACGCCUCCAGGAGGAGCUGGGAUGUUGACUGGGACGUCCUGCUAAACCUGCAGCCAACCCCAGAUAAGGUUCCUCCAGCAGAUGUUAAAUCCAAGGUUACUAGAAGGUGUGAAAUGUCAAAGCAGGCCUCGGGCCUUGUUGAUGAGGUCAACGGUCUCAGGAAAACCUGUUUUUGUGGCGUGAGGGGUUCGUCCUGAGCGUCCGGUUGGGUCACCUCGGAGUCCUCAAAGAGUUCAGGUCCUGUAGAGACGUCAGGAGGUGACGACGGACUCAGGUGCACCUUCAUCGUCUUUUGUCUCGAUGAAGGAACCGACGUUCACUCAGCGGUGACGUACAGGCUCCAAGGGGGGAGUUCAAACGUCACCGCAAGUUCAGCACGUAAAGAAAUGAGCGAGCAGCUGGAAGUAGGUCGUCACGCAAUGUUCCUGUAAAGUUGCCGGGUAAAGAUUUUCUCUCCACAGAAAAAGCCGACGCCUCACAUCAUGGAUGACCCUGACGCAAAGGUCAACUCGUCAGGUGUGCAUUUGUUUAAUCACCUUGCCCUCCCGUCAGUGAAACACUGAACCUGAGGUUGUUCAUGAAGGUUCCUCACCGAGUGUCCAUGAUGAGUUUGAAUGCUCUGAAUAAGGAAAGGAGCCUCAGUGUUUCCUUUCUUAUCUCCGAUACGUUUGUAUCGUAUGUGUUAUUUUACAUUCAUGUGAAGUCACGUGUUUCACCAGGACGUCGCAGUCAGAGCGCACGAGGACCUUGUUUUGUAGUCCAUCUUCUGAAGUUUGUAGUUUUACCACAGAUCACGUCAAUAACGUCGCGUAACAGCAGUCGUGACCUCAUGACCCUUUCCAUCGAGGAAAAGUGUUUUUUUUUGAGCCACUGAGAAUAAUAAUGUUUAUAUCUUUACAUAAACGCCCAAUAACCCAGUGCAGACGUAGAUAUAACGUCUCAUUCUGAUAAAACUGAAAUGAAUCCAGUUAUACGUGUUAUUAACUCUGACCCUGACCCAGAGGUGAACUGUUUGUGAUGUUUGCUGUCUGCUGAUGUGUCGCAGACUGAGCAUCACCAUCUUUUCCUUUAAUAGGCAUAAUUCACUCUCUCUGCUCAGCCCUCUCUCUCUCUCUCUCUCCGUUACGAGCUGCUUUCCGUGACUCUUGUCUUCACUUCAGUUUGUUGGUCGGGCUGCAGCUUCUCGGUCUUCAUGGGUCUGACUGUUUGCACAAAGUCCUCAUGGUCCUUCUUAGAGCCUCUUUGCUCCUCUGGUAUGGGAAACUGCUUCGACUGGCCUCUCCGAGCGGACAGGGAGCUGAGGCCAGAAGAGAUGGACGAGUUGCGGGACGCUUUCAAAGAGUUCGACAAAGACAAGGACGGCUUCAUCAGCUGUAAAGACCUCGGGAACUGCAUGAGGACGAUGGGAUACAUGCCCACGGAGAUGGAGCUGAUUGAACUGAGCCAGCAGAUCAACAUGAACUUGGGAGGUCACGUCGACUUUGAGGACUUUGUCGAGUUGAUGGGCCCGAAACUUCUCGCAGAAACCGCAGACAUGAUCGGAAUCAAAGAGCUAAAAGAGGCGUUCAGAGAGUUUGACACUAACGGAGACGGAGCCAUCAGCACGUCGGAGCUCCGAGACGCGAUGAGGAAGUUGUUGGGUCAACAGGUGGGUCUGAAGGAGGUGGAAGACAUCCUGAGGGACGUCGACCUGAACGGAGACGGGCUCGUCGACUUUGAAGAGUUCGUACGGAUGAUGUCUCGCUAAGAUCGUGAACCGAUCGGUCCUGAAUGUGAAGCUGAAGUCCUUCUCCAUGCUUGACUGACGUACAAACAGGAGGACGUCCUAAAGAUCUCUGAGCCACCCGAAUCUGAACGACACUGGAAUUUUACAAACUCCUUGAAUGUUACGGAGGAGUCACCUCACACUUUGAAUCAAUAAGUGUUCUUCCUGAAAACGCCUCCAGUUCAGACUGAAGGCAGAAUUCGCUGUAGCCUAGCUGAUGAUUGUCCAACUUAUGUUUUUGCACUUUAAUUCUCACUUAAUAACUUCCUGUUUGAUAAGUCGCUGGUGUCUCGUCUCGUCCUGUACAUGGUAAAAAUAUAUAUAUAUACACAGUACCAGUCAAAGGUUUGGACACAUCUUCUCAUUCAGUGGUUUUUCUUUGUUUUUAUGGACCUUCAUGGUCUGAAUUACUGCAAAGGAACCAAGAGUUUUGGUUGCCCAUGAGCAGAUGGUAUCUACAUGUGUGGUUCCCAUGUGAAGCCCUUGCAAUCGUCAGGUGAAAAUGAAAAUUUAUCAGGUCGUUCCAGACAUCCUUCCCCCCAGCAAUAUUCCAACUCCUCCUGGAGGUGUUCCCAGGCUAGAUGGGGUACAGAAUCCCUCCAGCAGGUUCUGGGUCUGCCCCGGGGGUAAACCAGUUGGACGUGGUCUGAACCUCUCCAAAGGAAGGUACCCCGGGAGCAUCUGAACCACCUCCGCUGACUCCUUUCAGCUCUACCCCGAGCUCCUCAUUCUAUCUUGAUGGUUGAAGCUCAUUCGAAGCCACAAUCUCAUUCUUUCAGUCACUACCCAACGCUCAUGACCAGAGGUGAACGCAGAAGGACUGGAACAUCAAGAGCUUUGCCUUCAGGGUCAGCUCCCUCUGAACCACAACGGUCCAGUUCACUGUCAGCUGUACUGCAGACGCUGAAUCAACCCAACUCCAUUUUCCCAUCACUGAUGAACAAGAUCACAAGAUAUCUGAACUCCUUCGCUUGGGGCAGCGACUUGCUCCCAACCUGGAGGGAGCAAUCCAAAGAAAUCAUCCAGCUGAGAUGUUUUGGGAUGAGUUGGAUCGCAGCACGUCUGGUAAGUCCUUCAAGAAUGUUGGAAAAUCAUUUGAGGUGACGACCUUGUGAAGAUGAUUGAGAGAACGGCAAGAGUUUUCAAAGUUCCACAUGUUCCGUCAUAGUUUUGACGUCUUUACUGCAGAAAACAAAGAGAAAGCUCUGAACGAGGGGGUGUGUCCAGUCUUUGACCGGUACUGUAGGUGUCUCGCCUCGAUAGAUGUCGGGAUGAACCGAUGUAAGAAGUCCGUGCAGUGUUGAACGUUUGGGUUUGUGUCCACACAGUCUGUUAUAUUAGAUAACUGUACGUGGGUCGUCCUCUGUGUGACUUUGGUGCUCCACCAGGAACCCGUGUGGCAAUAUAACACCUGUGUCGUACCUGUGUGACCAUCUGUGGUUCUUCACUGUGCCUGUCCGGUCCGAUUAGAGCAUCGCCGUCUGACGACUACAUGCAGCGAAGAAGCAGAUCUGUAAAGAGAAGCUGAGAUGCGCUUCAUACACGUCGUCACAGGUUCGAAUCCCCACGACAGCCUACAUGAAGUGUUCCUGCAGCUGUGUCGUCCUGUACUGUGUCGGUGUCACUAUGAUUGUAACGUUCCACACGUCUGUGUCUGUCCAAGCGAUUUUUAUGCAUGCCAAAGAGACAUUUAUUAAAAAUAAAGUAUGCACAUUUGCAUUUUUGUCAACAACAACAAAUAUUUCGCCAAGUUCAUGUAGAAAA